UCAGCGGCUGCGGGUGGGGGAAGCGGGCGGCGGCGGCGACGGAAAACCGGGGGGCCGAGUUCGGGUGGCCAAGGAAUCGGGGGCCCUGAGGCCAUGUCGGUCUUGACCCGCAGGUCGCGACGGGCCGAGCCGGCGGCCCGGGACGCCGAGCGCUGGCGGGACGGGCCGGACGACGAGGAGCGGCAGCAGGUCGAGCAGCUGGAGGACGAGGAGGAUCCGGGCGACGCCAAGGAGCUGCGGCUGACGCUCAUGGAGGAAGUGCUGCUGCUCGGCAUCAAGGACCGGGAGGGCUACACCUCGUUCUGGAAUGACUGCAUCUCUGCCGGCCUGCGGGGCUGCAUCCUGGUGGAGCUGGCGUUGAGGGGGCGCAUCCAGCUGGAGCCCGUCACCAUGCGCCGCAAGAGCCUGUUGAAUCGCAAGGUCCUCUUCAAGUCCGAUGCCCCAACUGGCGAUGUCCUCUUGGACGAAGCCUUGAGACACAUCAAAGCCACCGAACCCCCCGAGACAGUCCAGAGUUGGAUCGAGCUGCUCACAGGCGAGACAUGGAACCCCCUCAAGCUGAACUACCAGAUCCGCAAUGUGCGCGAGCGCUUGGCCAAGAGCCUGGUGGAGAAGGGGGUGCUGACCACCGAGAAGCAGAACUUCCUGCUCUUCGACAUGACCACCCACCCGGUCACCAACGACACGCUGAAGCAGCGGCUCAUCAAGAAGCUGCAGGACGCUUUCCUAGACAAGUGGGUGAAGGAGCCCCAGCGCAUGGACAAGCGGCUGCUGGCCCUCAUCCUGCUGGCCCACAACUCGGACGUUUUGGAGAACGCCUUCGUGCCGCUGCAGGACGAGCAGUACGAGUUGGCCACCUGCCGGUCGCGGGAGCUGCUGGAGCUCAACCCAGACGUGGAGUGCGCCAAGUCGAGCAGUGGCCAGAUGAUCUGGGCUGUAAUGGCAGCCUUUACCAAGUAAUGCCCAGAUCCUUUAUUUUCAUUUGACCAAUGAAAACUCUGUUUGAGGGAACAAUCUAAUGGUAUGGUGUUUCUCUUCCCGCCCCCCCCCCCAAACCUUCUUAUCACUUCCCCUCUUGUGUGCACCCUGCCUCGGUAAGAGUGUGUCUCUGUGUGCAAUAGGGUGCUGGUAGCUCUUGGGAAUGGGCCAGGGUGUACCUUGGUGGAUUUAUUCUCCCUUCUGCCUUGCAAUCUCGUCCGCCCCCAUCCCCAAUCCUUUUUAGGCCACUCGAUCACCCAAGAUGUGGGGAAGGGGGUUGGUGGAAGAAUCCAAGGAAGCAGGAAGCUUGGAUUGGAUUGGUGGUGGUCAAGGAGUGCUGCCAUGUUGGAUCGGUGCAGUGGAUUAUUCCGGCCUCUGGGUGGCGCUGCUGCUUACUCAGAACCUUGGCGCCACCUCUUGGCGAUAGUAGGUAGUACUUAAGGGACAACCUAUUUUGUGAAGGAGGGGAGGUCUAAUCUCUUGCCCUGUGAUUAGUGAGUUGCACUUUUAUUUUAGGUCCCAUUUCCCCCACCUCCCGACGAACUCCCAACAUGGCCCCCGACCUUGUUUUCUUACGAGUGUUCCCACCAUGAUGCCUCUGUUCUUGAUGUGAAUCAAGAUGGUCUGUGCCCCAAUCUGUUAUAGAAGACAGCUCCUCUACCGCUACCCCAGGGAUCAGUGGUUAUUAAUUACAGCAUCCUCCCCUGGGGGAGCUAACACACAAACCUGACCAACAGUGGGGGAGUAGGUUGAGGUGGGAUGUUUUGGAGAGGGUGGGUGACUACACCUGCGUGCUCUCCUUCCCCGCUUCCACUGUGAAAAGUUAUGAGGGCCACCAUCGUGGCCUUUACCAAGUAACACCCACGUAAGAUCCAUCCACCUUGUAUCUUCCAAAGUUCCCCACCAUCGAAUGCCUUCUCUGUGUGCCAUAUCGGUCAGCUCAGUGACAGAAAAGCAGUGUGCUACAGGACACCCAAAUGCCCCGUCCCCACCAACUGCAUUGCCCUCCACUCUCCCUCCUAUCCCAGUGUGAGCUCUCCAUUGUUAUAGAUGCUGUUGGGCGUUGUCCCUGACUCCAGAUAAAGGCGCUGCCUUGAGUUUGGGGAUUAAUAUAACUUCUUUAUCUAAUUUCUGUUGAAAGGGAACGUACUGUUUCACAGGUAAUCAGCCGCGUUCUAAAUUAUGUCCGCAAUCCACCUGAAUUAAUUCCCUCUAGUUUGCCAAUUGAAGCGCCUAACUGGUGGUGACAUUGGAGCUCUUGGGAACGGGAUGGGGUGUGACCUGACGCCCUGCUGAAUUUAUUCCCCCUCCCACCUCACAAAUCCACUCACCCCCCACUCAAUCCUGUCAGGGUUAUGUGGGGGGAGAGUAGUGGAGCGGGGGAAGGAUCUGAGGGAUUAGGGGGCUCGGACUGGAUGGGUGGCGGUCAAGGAGUGCUGCCAUGUUGGGCUGGAUGGCCGCGAUGGUUUAUUUUGGCCUCAGGGUGGUGCUCGUAAGCCGAUGUUCGCCCAGCAUCUUAGCGCCACCCCUCAGUGGGAGUCCAUCAUUACAGGCUGCUCUCCUGCCAGGGCUGAUUCCUUCCCUCUUCCAUGCACGUCCUCCUAGGUGGGUCACUCCCUCUCCCACCUCCAUGUAGGCGACGGGCAUGGAGAACCAGCUAUGUCCCCUAGCCGAAGUUCAAGGUGAAAGGUUAGUGAGGAUCAGUUCCAAAUUAGCAACAAGGAAUUCUCCCCAGCCUGUGCUGGUCAGUCAGGAGAGGGGCUGCUGUCGCCUUGCUUCUCAGAGCUUGGGCCAGUCCCAGUCGUGUCCCCAAGCAGGGAGUGGGAAGGUUAAUUAAAUCCAACUCUCGAGUCUUUUGAGGCCCAGCCCAGUCCACUGUCCACGAGCCCUCUUAAAUGUGACAUCGGUAAUCUUUGUUAGGUCAGUGAUUCAGUUGAAUUUCUUUAUUUUCAGCUCUAUGUAAUCAAUGAAUCUGUAAAAUAAAUUUAAAACUAGUUUAACAAAAAAACAGGGC